AUGGAUUCCAAAAAGAGCCACGACUUCGAUGAGUCUGUGAAGAAGUUGUUCAAGGAACUGGACAAGGACGGUUCAGGCAAGGUGAGCGCCAAGGAGCUCGUUGUUAUGCUGCGCGAGAUGAAGUCGUCUUUGGAUGAGGCCACAGUAGAACGCCUCAUCAAGAAAUUCGACACCAACAAGGAUGGCGAAUUGAGUCUCGAGGAGUUGGACAAGCUCCUUGAAAUGUAG